AUGUUGACCGAAAUUGAGGGUCUAGAUGUCCUCAUGUACUGUCUUGUACCACACCAAAAGGACGUGUACGGCGCCCAAGCUGUUGAGACCGGUUCGAAUAAUUCGGACAUUUGGUUGAGUGGCUAA